AUGGUCGCUAUUAAAAACAACAUUGCAUCAACCCGGCUAUUGUCUGGUGUGAGCAAUAUUGAGCAUUUGCUGGUAAAGAUUGAGCCCUUUAAGGGCCUUUCCUGGCUCCUAGUAGUUUGCUAUAUCCCUCCUCAACAGCAUGCGUCCAGUUACAACAGUCUUCUAUCGUCCAUUGAAGAGGUGUCUACAGAACAUGAAUUCCACGAAAUUAUUGUAAUCGGGGAUUUCAACUUACCCGGUGUGGAUUGGGCAGAUGCUCUAAAUUGUGUUCAUACUCCUGCCUCCAGAGUGAUGCUACCUCUCAUGGAGCUAUACGACCUUCAACAAGUUAAUUCUAUUUACAACGGAAGAGGAGUCCUGUUGGAUCUAGUUCUAUGCACAAAUAAAAACACUAUCGUAUCUCUAGAAAUUGAUGCGCUUCUGCCUGCGGAGGAGAGGCACCACCCUCCACUGUCCAUUAUCUUGCACUGCAGCAACAGAAACACCAAGGUUUACACCACCAAACACUUUAAGCCUGACUUUAAAAGAUGCAAUCUUUGGGAAACUUACAAUUCCCUCUCAGUCGUAGACUUCACAGCCAUCCUGAGUUCCACUGAUCUCAAUGAAGCAACCGAAAAAUUCCUUUCUACGAUUGCUGAAGCAGUCAGGCUGAACUCACCAUUGAGAAGAGUUGGUGUCUCACCAUUUCCCAGAUGGUUCUCUGCCGAAACUAAAGAUCUGGUAAUUGCAAAAAAAACUCUACACAGACAGUAUAAGGAGCGACCGACAGCCUGCAAUUAUCUUCGUUUCUCCAAUAUGAGAGCGUCUUGUAAGUUAUCUGCGAAGAGAGACUACCGUCAGCACUUAGAGCAAGUGGAUCAGGGAGUAUCCGUGAACCUUCGUUUCUUCUGGAGCCACGUUAACGCUAUUAGAAACUCUUCCUCGCUGCCCUCACGCAUGUUUUACAACGACAUCGAAUCAAAGGAACCUCAAGGGAUGUGCGAACUGUUCAGGGAUUUUUUCUCCUCAGUGUAUACAAGGCCCACGGAGAUUAUACCGGUUAGUGGUGACCACUUUGGAAACUCCAUUUUUUCAAGAAUCUCACACCAAGAAGUAUUGAGCAAGCUGAGGAAGCUCGAUGAGACCGAAGGAUGGGGCCCUAAUGAAAUUCCCCCGAUGGUUUUGAAACAUUGCGGUGGUCUGUUGGCGGGGCCAAUUUGUGAUAUUUUCAAUGCGUCACUGUCAUCUGGUGUCUUCCCAGAAUCUUUAAAAUUAGCCUACGUUGUUCCCCUCCACAAAAAAGGGGCCAUUGAAGAUGUUGCUAAUUAUAGACCAAUCUCGAUUUUGCCAGCUAUUGCCAAAGUUUUUGAGGACCUCUUUCUUGACCGUUUAAAGCAUAAACUGGCUGGCUUAAUCUGCCCACAGCAGCAUGGUUUCAUGCGUGAGGUCUACUGUGUCGAACUUAACGUUAUUUCAGUCCAAAAUACAUGA